AUGUCUAUCAUAGAUUCAAAGAGAAGCUUGGCAGCUGCCGAGACUGAACACGCAGAGUCUCUCUGCAACGUCCCUCCUCCCUACGAGCUACACUCCACCGGUCCGCUCUUGUCUAGCCAGGCUGCCAUCCAGUGUCAGAAUAGCAACUCCUGCAUAUUCCCAGCUGACGGCCAUGUGAACAUCAACUUCCAGUCGCAGAAUCCAGGGGAGCUGUGGGAGCAGCUCCCCCCUUUUCCUACAGCUGAGGGUCUGGCGUUGCCGAACAUCAACCUCAAGCCCGUACCAUUCCUGAAUGUGGUGAUACAGGUAGUCGGCAGUCGUGGUGAUGUUCAGCCCUUCAUAGCGCUAGGCACAGCUCUCCGCCGUUACGGUCAUAGAGUUCGCCUCGCCACACAUGACAACUUUGCCAAGUUCGUAACCGACUCUGGCCUCGAGUUCUUCCCGAUCGGAGGGGAUCCUGCAGACUUGAUGUCGUAUAUGGUUCGGAACCCUGGUCUGAUACCCUCGAUGGAGUCUUUGAAGGGCGGCGACGUGGGGAAGAAACGCCGGAUGAUACGCCAAAUGCUCUAUGGUUGUUGGCGAUCUUGCAUCGAUCCCGACGCCAUCAGCAGCCGACCGUUCGUUGCUGACGCCAUCAUCGCUAACCCUCCGAGCUUCGCCCAUGUUCAUUGCGCGCAGGCCCUCGGAAUUCCGGUGCACAUCAUGUUCACCAUGCCGUGGACGGCAACGCGCGCUUUCCCCCACCCGCUAGCAAACAUCCAACGCAACAAGGACUUGGAGCCGCAGGUGACCAAUUGGCUGUCGUAUGGUGUAGUUGAGUUGAUGACCUGGCAGGGCCUGGGCGAUGUCAUCAACAGCUGGCGGAGGAAAGACCUUCAUCUCGCGCCGAUUCCCGCCAGUAUGGGGCCAGGCGUGACAACAUUCCUCAAGAUCCCGCACACAUACUGUUGGUCACCGGCGGUGGUACCCAAGCCUGCAGAUUGGGGUCCAGAAAUUGACGUCUGUGGCUUCUUCAUGCGCGACGAACCAUCCUACAAGCCAUCUGCCGACUUGGACGCCUUUCUUUCAGCCGGACCGCCCCCCUUGUAUGUCGGGUUUGGCAGUAUUGUUGUCGACGAUCCGGGGCGUUUCACAGAUGUCAUUCUCGAGGCUGCUGGCAUUUGUGGCGUUCGUGUCAUCAUCUCGCGAGGAUGGAGCAAGCUGGGCGAGGGCAAGUCAAACACAGACGACGUGUUCUAUCUUGGGGAUUGCCCACACGAGUGGCUGUUCAAACGAGUGUCAGCCGUGGUUCACCAUGGAGGAGCUGGCACGACGGCCUGUGGCCUCAUCAACGCGAGACCAACCAUUGUCGUCCCGUUCUUUGGUGAUCAGCCGUUUUGGGGCCGAGUCAUUGCAAAGUCGGGCGCAGGGCCCUUGCCCAUGCCUCAAAAGGAGUUCCGUACGGAGCAGCUCGUAGAGGCCAUCCGCUACUGUCUCACACCCGAAGCAAACAAUGCGGUCCAAGAAGUAGCCAGCGCAAUGCAACAGGAACGGGGCGUCGAUACCGCCACAGACUCGUUCCAUCGUAAUUUCCCAGUCAACUACCUCGGUUGCGACCUUGUCUGUGGCCAGCGCGCAGCCUGGCUGCUAGAGAAACAGUCCAAAUCGGGCACCAAGCGGAUGAGACUCUCGAACCAAGCAGCGUCUUCUCUGAUCGAUGCGAAAAAGAUCAAGAUGGCCGACCUGAAGCCCUUGAGAACGAAAGAAUACGACACCGACGUGAAGCGAUGGGAUCCCAUCACCGGUGGUGCCUCCUCGUUCUUAGGUAUCGUUACUGACUUCACCGUCGCUUUGGGAGGUACCUUUAUCGAUCCUUGGAAGGAGUACAAGCGCUCCCGUGCGACGGGUCAUGAGGCUGGUCAAGCGAGUGGUGCCGCCGCAAUGGCCGUUGGCAAGGGAUUCGCCUCCAUGACCGGAUCAAUAGUCAAGGGCAGCCUUGUGAGCAUGCCUCUUGCUAUCGCAGAAGGGUUGCACAACACUCCGGGUUUGUACGGCGACAAGGUACGAGAUAACGGCAAGGUGGAAGACUGGAAGAGCGGGGGAGUUGUAGCCGCCAAGACCUUCGGGACCGGAUUCUACGACGGACUGACGGGUGUCUUCACUGAUCCCUACAAAGGCGCGAAGGAAGGAGGUGCGCUCGGUCUAGCAAAGGGAGUUGCCACAGGAUCCGUCGGCCUCUUGCUCAAACCAGGAGCAGCAAUGUUCGGCCUCAUUGCCUACCCUGCCCAGGGGAUUCAUAAAUCCCUCAAAGCAAGAACCGGCCGUAGCCACGAAGUGUUGAAGGCGAAAACCGCGCUCCUGGAUCACGACCGACGACAGAACAACGGGAACCCCCGCGACGGAAGCAAGGUCCUGCAGGUGUUCGACGCUUACUUUACGCAAUAG